CUUCGAUAUAAUGAGACCAAACAAGGGCUCUUUCUCCUCCACACGAUUCUCUCUCCCUUAACCCAUGAACCCCUGUUUCUCUCUCUCUCUCUCCCCCUUCCCCACGGCUCCACCAAUCUCUCCCUCUCGUCUCUCUGUUUCUCCCUCUUCUCUUUAAAUAUUUCAAUGCAGACUCAGCUCGUAAGCCAUGGGUUCUUUCGUAAUUAGCUCGACUUUCAGGGCAUUUAACUUCAAAUCUUCACCUUCCUUUUUCAGACCCAGAAGUUCUGUAGUCUCUCUCUCGCUCUCAAAUCCCAAGAACCCCAGUCCAAAACGGAGUAAUAACAGUUCAGUCAUAAACCCUUUUGUAGUUUUUCACACCAUUAGAGGCUUGGCUUCGAGGGGAUUCGGGUUUAGGGAGGAGUUCAAUGGCGAGUACUAUCAAAACGGUGCGUUUGGUGUGGCACUACUGAGCUUGACGACUAAUGCGAAGGUGCGGUUCAGCCCCUUUUUGGCGACGCUGGCGGCGAACUCCACUUUUGUUUCGGGGGUUUUCGCAUGGGUUGUGGCGCAAUCGGUGAAAGUGGUAUUGAAUUUCUUUGUAGAGAGGAAAUGGGAUUUGAGGAUUAUGUUUGCUUCUGGGGGGAUGCCGUCGUCGCACACGGCGCUGUGCACGGCGCUGACUACGUCGGUGGCGCUGUGUCACGGCGUGGCGGACUCGCUUUUUCCGGUUUGUUUGGGAUUUAGCCUCAUUGUGAUGUAUGACGCGACUGGAGUGAGGAGGCAUGCUGGAAUGCAGGCUGAGGUACUCAACAUGAUCGUUGAGGACUUGUUUAAAGGGCAUCCCAUCAGUCAAAGAAAGCUCAAGGAAAUUCUUGGCCACACUCCAUCGCAGGUUCUCGCUGGAGCUGUGCUGGGCAUCGUGAUUGCAUGUAUCUGCUGUCAAGGUUGCUUAGUUGCAACCUAAUCCACCGCUCCUGCAGGUCAUUUUUCCUGAUUGAUCUGUGAUUCAUUGGGAUGGAUUCUGACUUGUAUUUCAUUUUCCUUGGAAUUUUGAAAUAAUGUUGUAAUUUCAUAAAUGCACAAGGGAAGUUGUUUCUAUGAUAUUGUAUAGUUUUUACCUA